AUGCACCAACCUCUAGUACCGCACCAGUCGAGUACUCACCGUCUAGCAUGCUUAUCGCUCUACAAGGCAUUGCUGAAACACAGCUUAACCGUCUCCACAACCCACUCUGGAGGCCUAAGAUCACUCAUCCGCUGCCGCUUCAAAACUGACCGGCUUUUACAAUCACCUUCUCAAAUCGCCAAUGGGCUGAACGCCGGAAAUGAGGUGCUCAAACUCUUAUGCGCCUCUGCCCGGGGCGAAUCGAGCUCCAUUGCGAGGCUGAGUGAAUUGAUCGAAUCAACUUUAGAGUUAUCGGGUAUCACCGAAGCAUAUCGUAAUUCUCUUCGUCUCAUAAAGAAACCUCCAUCCUCUCGUCGAGCGCCAAAAGCCAACAACCUUCCUCUCAGCGCCAAUAAAACGCUGCAGUCCCGUCGUCCAGAUUCAAGUCCAAUUUUCGAGCGGCCUCUCCCUCUGUCUCAAAUCAGAGGCGGCAAGCGCCGAGUCCCAAAGUUUGUGGCUGCGCAGGGCGUGCCUUUCUUACUCUAUUCGAAGCCACAACCUCAAAGUUUGGGUAGAUUACUGAGACAGAAGAUAGCUUGGCAACACAAGAAGUGGGAUCAACGAACAAAACUGACAGAAGAGACAAUACCACUGGGAGUAUGCGAGGAUGCUUGGGAUGCUCUUGUUGCUUCCCAGGAGGAAGUAGAAGGGCAUUCGAACAGGACGUCAGUCCCUGAGGAUAGGGAAACCGGCAUCAGUGGUGAUUCCACAUCUUGGAAUUCAGCUCCUCAAUUUGCAGCGGUUAGCGUUGGUGACAAGAUUAGAAGCUUCGAGCGAAGGAAUCUUGAAACAGGUCGGCGCCUGUUUGAGAUCUUGAAGCAGGAAAGGGUUCUGGUAGCCAACGAAAAGGAGAAAAAAAGUUCCCACCAGGUACAGAAUACGGUUAUCUAG